AUGCUGCAAUACUUGUCCAUUGCCCUUGUUGCCAUUUUGGCCGCAGUCGAAGCACAGCAAUCCGCUUAUGGACAAUGCGGCGGCCAGGGUUGGAGUGGCCCGACACAGUGCGCUACCGGAUAUACAUGUAGCGUGGAAAAUUCUUACUAUGCCCAAUGUCUUCCUGCAACUACCAUUUCUACUACCCUGACGACCGCUGUUUCUUCAUCCAGCAGCGUGAUUAUGCCGUCGACAACAACGACGGCGACGACGACGACUACUCCCGUCACUAGUAGUGCAGCCGAUGCAUCUAGCAACCCUUUCUCUGGUUACCAGCUUUAUGCAAACCCUUACUAUUCAUCUGAGGUUCACACUCUUGCUUUACCGUCUUUGACUGGCUCCCUUGCGGCUGCUGCGACUCAGGCAGCUGAGAUUCCCUCAUUUGUUUGGUUGGACGAGGCCGCUAAAGUGCCUACUAUGGGUACUUAUCUCGCUAACAUUGAUGCUGCUAACAAGGCUGGUGCCAGCCCUCCAAUCGCCGGUAUUUUUGUUGUCUACGACUUGCCUGAUCGUGACUGUGCGGCCGCUGCGAGUAAUGGGGAAUACACGUUGUCUGACAACGGUAUUCAAUAUUACAAGGAGUACAUCGAUAGCAUUAAAUCACAGUUAACAACUUAUUCUGAUGUGCAGACCAUUCUGAUCGUCGAGCCUGAUAGUCUAGCGAAUUUGGUUACCAACUUAAAUGUCGCGAAGUGCGCAGAGGCUGAAUCGGCUUACUAUGAAUGCAUCAACUACGCUUUAACAACACUCAAUCAGUCCAACGUCGCCAUGUAUCUGGAUGCUGGUCAUGCUGGGUGGCUUGGGUGGCCUGCCAAUCUUUCGCCAGCAGCAGAGCUCUUUGCAGAGGUCUACAAGAAUGCGAGUUCUCCUGCAUCCCUCAGAGGCCUCGCCACUAAUGUUGCCAAUUACAACGCUUGGUCCAUCAGCACCGCCCCUUCAUAUACAUCAGGCGACUCCAACUAUGAUGAGAAGCUUUACGUUAACGCUCUUUCGCCCCUUCUUGAACAGAAUGGGUGGACUAAUGCCCACUUUAUUACGGAUACUUCCCGUAAUGGCGUUCAGCCUACAGAACAGCAGGCAUGGGGGGACUGGUGCAAUGUCAUAGGCACAGGCUUCGGUGUGCCUUUCACAACAGAUACUGGUGAUGACCUGGAGGAUGCCUUUGUAUGGGUUAAACCUGGUGGCGAAAGUGAUGGAACAUCAAACAGCUCUGCCACUCGUUACGAUUAUCAUUGUGGUUACAGCGAUGCAUUGCAGCCAGCUCCAGAGGCCGGUACCUGGUUCCAAGAAUACUUUGUCCAACUUUUAACUAAUGCAAAUCCAUCUCUGACUUGA